ACAAUAUACUAUUAGUACAUAUACACAUCGUCACCGAGGAACUGGUUCUUUGGCGUGCCAGGGCACACCGCCACGCUAGACCCAAAGAAGCCGGCCAGCACUUGCUGGAUUGACCACUGGCGCCGUUUCGAACCGCCCCAGCGGCCCAAAGUCAACGAUCUGCAACCGUCUCGGACGGCACGUCGUCAGUGGCACCCAACACCGCCCUGGGUUCUUAAGCUUCGCCGAUCCCCUUCCCCAGAUAUCGAUCAUAAUACUUUCAGUCUUAUUAUCUUCACGUCUAUCAAGUACAGUUCCUGUCUAUCACUAAGUACAGUGUCUAUCAAGUACAGUCUAUCAAGUACGGUCUAUCAAAGUCUAUCAAGUACAGCCUAUCACCACCAUCACUACCAUCACUACCAUCACUACCAUCACUACCAUCACCAUACAACAUACCCAUGACGAUGGUCAUCGAGAGUCAGAACCGCCAGUACGGCGGAAUGGGAUUCGACAGUGUCUACCAUCACUCGCUCCCACACCAUCCAGCAGCGCCGCCUCAGUUCACCGACCCGUGGGCCGCUGUUGCUCAUACCACCUCGCACCCGACUCCCUCGCUGUACGCUACCUCGAUCGCCAGCAACCCCAUGAACCUCAGUUCCAUCAAGCAGGAGGAUGCCCCGCGGCCAGCCGCUCUGUCCAUGCCUUACUCCAGCAUCCCCGUCAGUGCCCCUUCGCUCGUCGCCGGUACCACUUAUGCUCCUGCCCCUACCGCCCCGACCGCCCCGACGGCGGCCACCACCAGCUACACAACCACCCCCGACAUCAUGGCCAUGCAGCACGAGAUGCCUCGCAGCUCCUUCGAACAGGCUUCGACCUACACCACCGCCUCGCCCUUGACCACUUUCCCCCCGGCCACCUAUCCUUCCCUUGCAUACGGGCCCUCUUUACAUCCACAACACGCCGCCGACGCGCGUCGGUUGUCACAUGCUGAACGGUUGAGUCAACCCCCAGCACCUACAUUCGGCGAUGCUCUGGAUGCCAGUCGGGGCAUGGUUGCCCUGAGCCAGGACCUCACCCCGCGCAACAUCUACGGACCUAGAGCCUCGCGCGGCUCGGCCACGGGCGCCGAGUACGGCUUCCCCUCGACACACUCGUCGGCCUCGUCCAUCUCGUCGGCGGGCAACAACUACCCUUACUACAGCGCCUCCGUCGGCUCCGUCGAGUCGUCGGUCACGGACUACAGCUCAACCUCGGAGUCCUACGACACAUCACGUACGCUUCCCCGCCCGUCGAAUCUGCUCUCGGCCAGUGUCCCCCCCGGCCCGCAGUCGAUGAUGAGCCAGUUCAGCUCCAAGAUGCCCUCCAACACUCAGAAGAAGCACAAGUGCAAGGUCUGCGACAAGCGCUUCACCCGUCCCUCUUCAUUGCAGACCCAUAUGUACAGCCACACGGGAGAAAAGCCCUUUGCCUGCGAUGUCGAAGGCUGCGGCCGUCACUUCUCGGUCGUCUCGAACCUGCGCCGGCACAAGAAAGUCCACAAGGGCGAAAAGGAGACCGGCUCGGGCGAGGACGAGGAG